GGUAAUCAGGCGUUGCUUUUAAGGCUGCAAAGAUGGGUUCGUUGUUCCGUAGCGAGGAGAUGGCUUUGUGCCAGCUCUUCCUACAAAGCGAGGCUGCCUACGCCUGCGUGUCGGAGUUGGGCGAGCUAGGCUUGGUGCAGUUCCGUGAUCUCAAUCCCGAUGUGAACGCCUUCCAGCGCAAGUUCGUCAAUGAGGUACGCCGCUGCGAUGAGAUGGAGCGCAAGCUGCGCUACUUGGAAAAGGAGAUCAAGAAAGAUGGCAUUCCCAUGCUCGACACGGGCGAGAGUCCCGAGGCACCACAGCCCCGUGAAAUGAUCGACUUGGAGGCCACCUUUGAGAAACUGGAGAACGAGCUGAGGGAAGUCAACCAGAAUGCCGAGGCAUUGAAACGUAACUUUCUGGAGCUGACCGAACUGAAGCAUAUUCUGCGCAAGACGCAGGUCUUCUUCGACGAGUCGGUGCCCACGGUGUACCAGUCGAGUGUCCCCCGUUCAUCAAACAAAUAUCGGCGCCUUCUGCAGAUGGCCGACAAUCAGAACGAGGAUGAGCAGGCGCAGCUGUUGGGCGAGGAGGCGGUGCGUGCCAGCCAGCCGGGCCAGAACUUGAAACUUGGCUUUGUGGCUGGCGUUAUACUGCGCGAACGAUUGCCGGCCUUUGAGCGGAUGCUGUGGCGCGCCUGUCGAGGCAAUGUGUUCCUGCGCCAGGCCAUGAUUGAGACACCGCUGGAGGAUCCCACAAAUGGCGACCAGGUGCACAAGUCGGUGUUCAUCAUCUUCUUCCAGGGCGAUCAGUUGAAGACGCGCGUCAAGAAGAUAUGCGAGGGCUUCCGUGCCACGUUGUAUCCCUGUCCAGAGGCCCCGGCCGAUCGUCGUGAAAUGGCCAUGGGUGUGAUGACGCGCAUCGAGGACCUCAACACGGUGCUGGGCCAGACGCAAGAUCAUCGCCAUCGCGUGCUGGUUGCGGCCGCCAAGAACCUCAAGAAUUGGUUCGUGAAGGUGCGCAAGAUCAAGGCCAUCUACCACACGCUGAAUCUCUUCAAUCUGGAUGUGACACAGAAGUGUCUGAUUGCCGAGUGCUGGGUGCCCUUGCUGGACAUCGAGACCAUUCAGCUGGCCCUGCGACGUGGCACAGAGCGAUCGGGUUCGUCGGUGCCGCCGAUUCUCAAUCGAAUGCAGACAUUCGAGAAUCCGCCUACAUAUAAUCGAACAAAUAAGUUCACCAAGGCCUUCCAGGCCCUAAUCGAUGCGUACGGAGUGGCCAGCUACAGGGAGAUGAAUCCGGCCCCAUACACCAUCAUCACAUUCCCGUUCCUAUUCGCGGUGAUGUUCGGGGAUCUGGGCCAUGGCGCCAUUAUGGCGUUGUUCGGCCUGUGGAUGAUACGCAAGGAGAAGGGCCUCGCGGCCCAGAAGACGGACAACGAAAUCUGGAACAUAUUCUUUGGCGGUCGCUACAUCAUAUUUCUGAUGGGGGUAUUCUCCAUGUACACGGGCAUGAUCUACAACGAUAUAUUCUCCAAGUCGCUGAACAUCUUUGGCUCCCACUGGCAGAUGUCAUACAACAAGUCAACGGUGAUGGAGAACAAGUAUCUGCAGCUGAGUCCCAAGGAGGACUACGAGGGCUCGCCGUAUCCGUUUGGCAUGGAUCCGAUUUGGCAGGUGGCGGGAUCCAAUAAGAUCAUCUUCCACAAUGCCUACAAGAUGAAGAUUUCGAUUAUAUUCGGCGUGAUACACAUGGUCUUUGGCGUUGUCAUGAGCUGGCACAAUCACACCUAUUUCCGCAACAGGAUCUCCCUGAUCUACGAGUUCAUUCCCCAGUUGAUGUUCCUUCUGCUGCUGUUCUUCUACAUGGUUCUGCUGAUGUUCAUCAAAUGGAUUAAGUUUGCGGCCACCAACGAGAAACCCUACUCUGAAGCCUGUGCCCCCUCGAUUCUGAUCACAUUCAUUGACAUGGUGCUAUUCAACACACCGAAGCCUGCGCCCAAGGACUGCGAGGUGUACAUGUUCUGGGGCCAGCACUUUGUCCAAGUGCUGUUCGUUCUGCUGGCUCUCGGCUGUAUUCCCAUCAUGCUGUUUGCCAAACCCAUGCUGAUCAUGCAGGCCCGCAAAUUGGCCAAUGAAGAGGUUCAGCCCAUUGCUGGGGCCUCAUCUGAUGCGGAGACUGGUGGCGUGUCCAAUGGCGGACCACAUGGCGGCGGCGGACCCCACGAAGAAGAGGAGGAGAUGUCGGAGAUAUUCAUACACCAGAGCAUACACACCAUUGAAUAUGUCCUGGGUUCAGUCUCUCACACUGCCUCCUAUCUGCGUUUGUGGGCACUCUCCCUGGCCCAUGCACAGCUGGCAGAGGUCUUGUGGACCAUGGUAUUGUCCAUUGGUCUGAAGCAGGAGGGCUGGUUCGGCGGCGUCAUAUUGACCUGUGUGUUUGGCUUCUGGGCCAUACUCACUGUGGGCAUUCUGGUGCUAAUGGAGGGCUUGUCGGCGUUCUUGCACACACUGCGUCUGCACUGGGUCGAGUUCCAGAGCAAGUUCUACAAGGGUCAGGGCUAUGCCUUCCAGCCGUUCUCAUUUGAUGCCAUAAUCGAAAACGGAUCUGCUGCAGUAGAAGAGUAGAGGACCCCGGAACAGAAGCAGCAACAGCGAUAACCAAAGCAUGCUGAGAGUCUCAUUGAGCUAUAAUUACAAAAACUAUCCAAAUAAGCUGAUCUAUUGAAAUUGAAUUUAACAAAAAACAAAACGUAAAAUAUGUACGCUUUAAUGUUCAAUAAUCGUGAAUUUAUAUCUAUAGCCCCCAAGCACGUGUGUUAAAUGCUAGUACAUAAUCGAUUAAUGUUCUAUGUAGUUGUCGUCUGCCGUGUUUAUUAUAUCUACUUGUAUACUCAUAAAUAAAUAGC